UAUUUGGUUUUUUUUUUUUUAAUUCUUCUUUGUAUAUUUGAAGCUUUCUUUUUUGAGUUGCUGUAGUAGUUCUGUUUGGCCGGUGAGAAAAAGAGUAGGAAAAAGGUGGAAAAAAACAAGGAAUUCGUUGUAGAGUUUGAUUCGUUCCAUUUUUAUUUUCGUUCUGAAAUUUUUUAUGUGUUUCGAAUUUUAUUUUCACCUAUUCUCCUCUAAUGUUUCUCUGCAGUCAAACUAGAAAUUCUAAGAAACUGAAUUUCCAGCGGAAUUAGCACCUGGAAUGGGAGUUUCCUGAUCCAAAAUCAAAUACUUGAAUCAAAAUUAAAUUCUUAGUUCGUACUUUCAAAAUCAUUUAAUUCUUGAUUGUUAAUACGAUGACAAUCGGGAUAAUAAGCUUCGCUUUAGCAAAUUCAGAGACGACUUUCGCAUCUGAUCAUGCCCCAAUAGUUUCAAUAAACUUAUUCGUGGCGCUUCUUUGCGGGUGUAUCGUGAUUGGUCAUUUACUAGAGGAAAAUCGAUGGAUGAACGAGUCUAUUACUGCUCUGGCCAUAGGAGUAUGUACUGGAGUUAUAAUUUUGCUUACAACAGGAGGAAAAAGCUCACGUCUUCUAGUUUUCAGUGAAGAUUUGUUCUUCAUUUAUUUACUUCCUCCUAUUAUUUUCAAUGCGGGAUUCCAAGUGAAGAAGAAACAAUUUUUCCGCAACUUUAUGACUAUCAUGCUGUUUGGUGCAGUUGGUACUUUAAUAUCCUUUUGCGUCAUUUCUAUAGGUGCCAUACAUUUCUUCAAGAAAAUGAACAUCGGUGAUCUUACUUUAGGGGAUUAUCUUGCAAUUGGUGCAAUAUUUUCUGCAACAGAUUCUGUGUGCACUUUGCAAGUGCUUAAUCAAGAUGAGACACCUUUAUUAUACAGUCUGGUUUUUGGUGAGGGAGUUGUCAAUGAUGCCACAUCAGUGGUUCUUUUCAAUGCAAUCCAAACCUUUGAUCUUUCUCACAUCAACUCUACCAUGGCUUUGCAAUACAUCGGAAACUUUUUGUAUUUAUUUAUUUUAAGUACUUUGCUUGGAGUUUUGGCUGGACUGCUUAGCGCUUACAUUAUCAGAAAGCUCUAUUUUGGAAGGCACUCCACUGAUCGUGAGGUUGCUCUCAUGAUGCUUAUGGCUUACCUAUCAUAUAUGCUGGCUGAACUUUUCUCGUUCAGUGCUAUUCUCACAGUAUUCUUUUGUGGGAUCGUUAUGUCUCAUUACACAUGGCAUAAUGUUACCGAAAGUUCGAGAGUGACAACCAAGCAUGCUUUUGCAACACUAUCUUUUGUUUCUGAGAUUUUUAUCUUCCUUUAUGUUGGUAUGGAUGCAUUGGACAUUGAGAAGUGGAGAGUUAUCAGUGACAGCCCCGGAACAUUAGUUGGUGUUAGUGGAAUUCUGUUGGGGUUGAUUCUUGUCGGACGAGCAGCCUUCGUUUUUCCCUUAUCCUUCAUAUCUAACUUGACAAGGAAAGCGCCGCACGAGAAAGUUGACUUCAAACAGCAGGUCACGGUUUGGUGGGCUGGUCUUAUGCGUGGUGCUGUCUCAAUGGCACUUGCUUACAAUCAGUUUACCAGCUUAGGUCAUACGCAGUUGCGAGGAAAUGCGAUGAUGAUAACCAGCACAAUCUCGGUUGUUCUUUUCAGCACAGUGGUUUUUGGAUUGAUGACUAAACCAUUAGUGAGACUCUUACUUCCUUCUCCAAAACAUCUCACGAGGACGCUUUCGUCUGAACCAUCUACUCCGAAAUCAUUCAUUGUACCACUAAUUGGCAAUGAAGGCGAACCCGAAGCUGACCAAAACAAUCGUAAUGCACGUCGACCGACUAGCUUGAGAAUGCUCUUGACAACUCCUUCCAACACUGUGCAUUACUACUGGAGAAAAUUUGACGAUGCAUUCAUGCGACCUGUGUUCGGUGGAAGAGGUUUCGUUCCGUUUGUUCCCGGAUCACCCACCGAGCAAAAUGGUCAUCAAUGGCAAUGAAAAGGUACUAGUAGAUUUUACAUUAGAGUCAACAAUUAAGGUAUUUUAUUUGUAUAUAAAUAUUGAUAUAUUAAUAAAAUCACAUUAUAUAGAUUUAUGACA